UCCUGGGAGAGUACUUUUGGCAUGAAUCUUCAUAUUUUGGCUGAACCUUAAAUUUUUCCAUUGUGAUGGAGGGGUGUCAAUCUCGCUAUUUUUGAGGCACUUUAUUUCCUGAAUGUCAGCGGAUUGGGUUUUUCUGGGCUGAAUUUUGGUGUUUUGGAGGUUUUUAUGCUCCCAGGAUGCUGGGUGAGUUCUAGAGAUGGACUUGGGCAGGAGGAACCCCCAAGCCAAUGCGCUCAGCCCUUGUUUCCCCCCAGCAGGAUUUGUCCUUCCCAAAGCUUGGGCGGAUGGAGGAGAAGGCUGCAAGGAAGAGGAAGAAGCUGCCACGGGCCCCCCAGGCAGGCCCCGAGCUGAGGACGGAGAGCACGGAGGACAAAUCCCCCCGGCAGAGCCUGGUGGGAGAGGCCGUUUUGAAGGGCUCCCCGGUGCAGGAAGGCAGCGGGGAGGAAAAGGCCCGGAGAUGCCCCCGGAGGAGGGGCUGCAAAGCCAACCCAGAUUGCUCUGAGGAGGAAAGACCUGUCCUGUGCCAGAGCUCGGAGCUGGUGGUCCCUGAGCAGCCUCCCAGCAGGGAGAAGCCCUUCAGGUGCUUGGAAUGUGGGAAGAGCUUCAGGAAGAGCUCCGACCUCCUCAGCCACCUGCACAUCCACACUGGGGCACGGCCCUACACGUGUAGGGAAUGUGGGAAGAGCUUCAGGCACAGCUCCAACCUCCGCAUCCACCAGCGCAUCCACACUGGGGAACGGCCCUACAGGUGCUUGGAAUGUGGGAAGAGCUUCAGCAACAGCUCCAACCUGAUCCAGCACCAGAACAUCCACACUGGGGAACGGCCCCACACGUGUGGGGAAUGUGGGAAGAGCUUCAGGAACAGCUCCCACCUGAUCCGACACCAGCUCAUCCACACUGGGGAACGGCCCUACAGGUGCUUGGAAUGUGGGAAGAGCUUCAGGACAGCUCCACCCUGAUCCAACACCAGCACAUCCACACUGGGGAACGGCCCUACACGUGUGGGGAAUGUGGGAAGAGGUUCAGGUACAGCUCCCACCUGAUCCGACACCAGUUCAUCCACACUGGGGAACGACCCUACAAGUGCUUGCAAUGUGAGAAGAGGUUUCAAAGCAGCUCCAAUCUCCUCAGGCAUGAGCGGAUACACACAGAUGAGAGGCCCUUCCGCUGCACCGACUGCGGGAAGGGCUUCAACCGGAACUCCCACCUCAUCUCCCACCGGCGCAUCCACACCAGAGAGAGGCCCUUCAAGUGUGGGGAGUGUAGGAAGAGCUUCAGCCACAGCUCUGCCUUGACCAAACACCAACGGACCCACCGGUAAUGGAAAGCCCUACGAGUGCCUGACCGCGGGAAGAGCUUCGGCUGCUGCUCCCACCCCAGAUGACCCCCCUGAUGGUGAGGCAACCCCUGGAGUCCAGUGACUGUCAGUCCAUCCCUUUCUACCAGAAAGGACCAGUCCCCUUUGCCAGGGGCAGGUUGUGCCAACAGAACCCUUCUUGGGGGGUGUGUGGAGAUUCCUGCCUUGGCUGGGACCCCCAAGGUCACUGCUGGAGGUUGAGAGCAGAGAUCUCCCCACGAGCGUUGGUCUGGGGGAGUUCCAUCCAUCUCUAAUUCAUAAUUCUUGCUUUGGUGCCAAUUUGAGUAGAAUUGCUUCAACAAUUGCUUUAGUGUAGAACACUGUCCUAUCUUAUGCUGUCCUACUGGUAGUUUUAGUGUUUCUAUUGUGCAGUAAAUAAUUCUGAUGAAGAUGUUUUGUCUGAUCAUUUGUAACCCUUAAUAAUUCUUUUCUAUCAAUAGAUGUGAUUUGCCAUCCUUAAAACCUGGGGGACAAAAGUGGUUCAGUCCCACCUCUGUAAUUCCUCUGAA